UGUGUGGUGUGUGUGUUUUCGUUGCAUUUAUGUCGGGCGCGAGCCUUUGCCGUUCGUUACACGGUUGACUCACCUGUCUACGUCACACAAAUAUUCAGCAGGAAUACAUUGUACUGUUGUACAGCAGUACUUUACAGCAGUACUUUACUGUACCUGAGCAGGCUUGCAUGUGCGAUGUCUCUCGGUGCAAUGUCCAAGUUGCGCACACUUUCAAGAUCGGCCACGACAAGGUCAGACGCAUCAACAACCACUGGUGGGAUCACCGCCAGUUGUACGAGACCACCGCCGUGGGGAGAGGCAAGACGGCAAAGAAGGAUGAUGGGCGACGCCGCCUCACCGAAGCCGGUCGUCAAGUCUUUCGCCGCACGGUGGCAGAAUGGAUGCACAGGACUUGCAACAUGGAGCAGCUGUCUAACCGUUCGGCAGGAGGGCUGCUGAGUAGGCUCGGCUACAAGCGUCGUAGAGGCAGGAUCAAAACGCCACCGUUAAACGCCGAAAGACUUGCUCGCAUUCGUCGGUUUCUUGUCGAGAUGGACAUGGCAAAGAGAGCAGAGGAUGCUGGGUUAGCAGUGAUCGUGUACAUGGAUGAGAGUUUUGUCCACCAGGCUCAUGGUUCCCCCUAUCCUUACUUUCCUUCGGACGAGGAUGGAGCUGUGCAGGAUGGGAUUGGUCGCACAACGGGGAAGGGCUUGCGCAUGAUCAUGGUGCAUGCAAUCACGAAGUGGGGGCCGUUGGCUAAGCUUUGUGAUGGGUUACCGAUCGAANAGAGGGCAGAGGAUGCUGGGUUAGCAGUGAUCGUGUACAUGGAUGAGAGUUUUGUCCACCAGGCUCAUGGUUCCCCCUAUUCUUACUUUCCUUCGGACGACGAUGGAGUUGUGCAGGAUGGGAUUGGUCGCACAACGGGGAAGGGCUUGCGCAUGAUCAUGGUGCAUGCAAUCACGAAGUGGGGGCCGUUGGCUAAGCUUUGUGAUGGGUUACCGAUCGAAGAGGGCUGGUUCAAGGAAACGGGUAGCGGCAAGAAGGAAAUGGAAGAUGAGGAGACAGCAGAGAUUAUGUGGCAGGCAAAGUUGGCAAAGGGCGAUUACCACGCAGCAAUGACCGACUCGAUGUUCAUGGAGUGGCUUGAACACCGCCUUAGCCCUGCGUACAACGCGAUCCUUGAGUUCAAAGGCAAUCGGAUGAUUCUUGUUCUUGACAACGCCUCAUACCACCAUGGAUUUGACGCGGAAGUCAAAGUGCCGGAAACCAACACCAAGAAGCAAAACGUCGAUCUGUUGCGUAUGUUUGGGGCCAAGCCGAUCAGGGUUAGGCGUAAGGAGGGCGAACAGGGCAGUGUUGAGUACAACUUCGAGGUACCGACAGAGCCUGGUUCUUCAUUCCCUGCAGGGAACAGGGAGGGCGGUGUAAGCAGAGCGGAGGUAGCAACGGCCACUCGGGAGUACAUCCACCUCAAUCACCCUGAAAGGCUCGAGGAACGGGUGGUGACGUUCAUGAGGAAAAAGGGGUGGGCGUUGAUUUGGACGCCGCCCUACAUGCCGUCCUUUCAACCGAUCGAGCUUUUUUGGCAGCAUGGUAAGCAGUACGUCAGCNGGUGUAAGCAGAGCGGAGGUAGCAACGGCCACUCGGGAGUACAUCCACCUCAAUCACCCUGA